AUGUCAGAUCUCGCAGAUGCGCCGGGUGGUGCAGGCGAUGGCACGAACAAGUCUUUGGACGGCCGAAGUUCUCUGUCGAGAGAUGCGAACGGCGCCACGUCCCCUCUCCUGCCCCGCCAUUCCAGCCAGGCCUCUCCGCCUACAGACCAGCCAAAGAAGAAGCGCAAGGUGAAUCAUGGUCAGUCUCCGCUCCGAAAGCGCUCUGUCUGCGCGGAAACUGACACCUCUCAGCAUGCGUCUAUUGCCGACGUUCGGUAA